AUGGAAGGUUGUGGCGGCAAUGGCUCUCACGAUUAUAGUCGAGGUAAUGGACUCACAAAAAAUCCAAAUGCACAAACAUUUCCUCUAGACUCUCCUUCAUGGUACACACCUACUCAAUUUGGACCUCAAAACUUCAAAAAUCACCAAGGGACAUUUUUUCCUUCAAUUACAUUUGGGGAAUUUUCUUUCUCUAGUAAAGGGAUAGAUAAUAAUACGUUCCAAGAGGAUGGAGUAGUUGUGGCACCAUUUGCCAUGGAUCAAAACUUAGGUGUUGAUUGCAUGUUUCAAGAUAAACGACAUUGCACAUCACCGUUGGAGCAAGUAAAAGGUUAUACGAACAUAAACUUCACCAACGGCGUUAUCAAUUUUCCAAACAAUAGCGUCUCGGAUAAUUGUCCUAUUACUCCUAGGAAUUAUUCAAAGAGACUAUGGACAACCGAAGAGGAUAGCAAACUGUGUAAGCUUGUUGAUCAGUUUGGGACUAAAAACUGGGCAGUGAUAUCAGAUUAUAUGGAUGGAAGAGCUGGGAAACAAUGUCGUGAGAGAUGGUACAAUAAUCUGCGUCCUGAUAUCAAGGCGGAUGAUUGGAGUGAAGAGGAAGAGCGAAUUCUCGUUGAAGCACACGAGAGAAUGGGCAAUAAGUGGUCCAAAAUUGUGAAACUCCUUCCAGGGAGAACAGAAAACGCGAUCAAGAAUCAUUGGAACGCAGCAAUAAGGAAAAAAACAAUGCGUAUCAAGAGUAAAAAGGAUGAACCACUCGAUAGAAAGCCAAAAUCUACAAUUUUGCGCGACUAUAUUCGAGGAAUAGCUUCCACCUCCACAAACAACAACAAUGCAAAGACUAAUUUCAGCACCAAUGUCACUAAAGGCAAUGUCACUACCAUUCCACCCGCCGAUGAACUACUAAAUUCAUCAUACUGCUUUUAUUCACCAGCAAUCGACGACCUUGUCCCAUCUUUUGAUGACGAGUCCACUUUCUUCCAAAACCUGUUUCAAAAUGGCACCACAGCUAGACAACAUGAAAUCACCAAAUCCAUUGAGCCCUUGGUUCUGUCUCAAGAACCACAACCGCACCUAAUUAUUACAAACCCCCAAGAAUUUAAUGGACAUUCGGAAUAUGGGUCAUCAGCUUCUUCAUCAGUACUUCCAAAUGGUCCUUACUUCCCAAUGGGUGAACCUAUUUCAUUUUUUAACUCUAGUAACCUUGACUAUGGUUAUGGAGACAUAAACAUGGACUUAGGACAUGUUUGGAAAAACUAG